CUAAAAAAAAAUAACAGAGACUGAUAUCUUUUAUUUUUAUAGAGAAUUUAUUAUAAAUCAAUGUGUUGAUAAAAUUCAGAAUAAUUAAAUAAAAAAAUAAAAUUGUUAAGAAAUAAUAAAGAAAAUUAUAAAUACAUAUUAUGUACCAUAUAUGACAUUAUUUUCUGCAUCUAAAAUUUGUUUUAUAGAAUUAAAAUUUAGAUUUUCACAAUAAUUGAGAAUAUUAUAGCGAAGUUUAAUAAUAAUAAUAUAAAAUCAGAAUGAAACCAGAGAAAAUUAUUGUUGACUGUGAUGCUGGAACUGAUGAUGCUUUAUCGCUUAUUUUACUAAUAGAGGCUCAUAAAUUAAAUAAAAUUGAAUUAUUAGGUAUUACUUGUGUAAAUGGAAAUACUUCGGUGGAUAAUGUUGUUUCAAACGUGUUUCGAACUUUAGAAGUUUGCAAUGGAAAUGACAUCCCAGUCUAUAAAGGAGCAUAUUCAUCUCUUCUUAAUAUGGAAAAUAAAAAUAAAACUGAUGAAAAUAUUAAAUAUCAUGGUUCGGACGGUUUUGGAGAUGUUUUUCAAAACGAGCCGGAUAUUAAUAAAUUAAAAUCGGAACAUGCCGUAUGUGCUCUAGAGAAAAUAGUUUCCCAAUUUCCUGAUGAGGUAUCAAUUUUAGCACUUGGACCAUUGACAAAUAUAGCAUUAGCAAUUAAAAUGUAUCCUAACUUUGCAAAUAAUGUAAAAAGAUUUUAUGUUAUGGGCGGAAAUUACACUGCUUUGGGCAAUACAACUCCACAGGCGGAGUUUAAUUUUUUCUCAGAUCCAGAAAGUGCUCACAUUCUUCUUUGCAGUACUAAUAAAUUGUGGCUAUUUCCUUGGGAAACUUGUUUAAAAUCUCAAGUUACAAAUGAAUGGCGAAAAGAAGUGUUUGGUCAAAUAGACACUCCAGUGGUACAUUUAAUGAAUGCAAUUGAAGCUGAAAUAUUAUCGUCACCUGAAAAAAUGUUACCAUUUUACACGCCAUGUGAUGUAUUUUUAGCGGCUGUUGUAUUAAAUCCAAAAAUGGUCACAAAUUUAGUUCCAUAUCACAUUGAUAUUGAAUUAAAUGGCAAUAAAACAAGAGGAAUGGUCGUUAUUGAUCAUUUCAUGACAAACGAAUCAAAUGCCCAUAUUAUUAAGGAUUUUGAUUCAGAAAUUUUCAAAAAUUUUCUACUUUUUGCCGCAAAUCCAUUGGAAUAUAAAAAUCGAAUUUUUCAAAAUUGCACUUAAAUUUAAUUAAUAACUUAAAAAAAUUGUAAUUAAUAAUUACUCAAUGAGUAAUUUUGAUUAUUUUUAAUAAUAAAAUGAUUUUUACAUUUGUA